GGAGACGCGUUCAAGUUCAGUGUUUUGACUUUGAGAGUGACCGGACUGUUUUCACUGUUAGCGUCUGUGUUAGCAUGUUAGCAGGUGUCAGCUCACCUGAGCAGAGGACUCACCUGCCGCUCACUCACCUGGACUCAUCAAGAUGAGCAGUGACUCACGAGCCACGGACCAAUCACUGUCAAGUGGGCAGGGUCAUGUGAGUGUGCUCAGUUGUUUCCCGCCCUCUGUUGGCAGAGAUGUUGUUGUUGCCACAGUGAAGCCCCUGGGAGCUGGACUGGGAAAGCCCGACACCCACAGCCUGCUGCACACAGACAGACAGGUGAAGUGGACAAUGGAGGUGUUGUGUUACGGUUUGACUCUUCCGUUGGACGGAGACGCUAUCAAAGUGUGUGUGGACAUCUACACUGAUUGGCUGAUGGCUCUGGUUUCCCCAAGAGACUCCAUCCCUCCACCAAUCAGCAGAGAGCCUAACCUUUAUGUCCAGAAGAUCCUCCGGCACCUCUACAGCCUUUUCAUUCCAAGGUCGGAGCAGGUGAGUCUGGUCUACCUGUCUCUCUGUCGGCAGGUGUUGUGUGCAGUUCAGUCGUUGGCUAGAGAAAGCACUUUGAUGAGCAGAGAUACGUGGGAGACACUGCUGCACUUCUUGCUCCGCAUCAAUCAUGCCAUCCUGGCUCGGCCCACCACUACAGGCGGUGUGUUGAAGCAGCUGUCUGACCUGUCGAUGGCGGUGCUGUUUGAGGUCUGGUUGCUGUCUUGCUCUCGGUGUUUUCCGUCUCGCUCUCUGUGGCUGACGGGGAAACAGAUGUUGAGCAGGUGGAGACAUCAGCCUGCAGUGGUGGAACAGUGGAGCCGAGUCAUUAUCACCCUGACCUCCAGGUUGUUGCUGUCGACUUUCGGCCCAACCUUUCCUCACUUUAAAAUCCCGGAUGAAGAUGCUGCUCCAAUCCCUGCAGACAUGGAUGAUGUGAGAGUCUCUCACAUCUGGUUCAGGUUUCUGCACCUGUUCAGUAACCCAGUGGAUGUCAGUCGCCAGUUGGUUGUUGGUUCAACCUCUUCCUCCCAGGAGGAGGUGUUCAGAGACAGUCAGCUGCCAAACAUCUUCUUCAGAGCCAUGAGAGGAGUCAGCAUGCUGGUCGACGCCUUCCUGGGUGUGACUGUGGUCAACAAAGAGCCUACAGAGCAGCUGCUACCACACACUGGACUGACAACAAGGCUCCAUUUCAGAGACCGGUUGCCUUCUCUCGGUGUUGCUGUGACCAGGAAUCCGUUCAGAGACCGCUUCCCCUCCCACGGUCUCUCUCGACCUCGUUCUGGCAGUGCCCCACCCACCCCAGUGAACAUACUGAGCAUGCCCAGUGCCCCGCCCUCCACCACCACCCCCCUUCCACACAACAGACGACUAAAACCUGCAAAUGUUUCUAAGACAACGAGCAAACCUCUUACGACAUCUUCCUCUACCCAUCAUCCCUCCUCUUCUCCCCUUCAGCGUUCUACCCCCCGACCCUUCCCCUCCCCCCUCAGGUGUAAUGUGGAUUCCCUCCUCCACCUGUUUGGCUGCUGGCUGUUUGAUGCUGCUCUGACCAACAGAGACCCUGCUCUCCCUGCUGCUCACUGUGAUGUCACUGUGAUGCCAGACAGGUGGGUGGCUGGUCGAGCUGAGGCCUGCGGGACGCUCUGCAGGAUCUUCACCUGUAAGAAAACUGCAGAGGACAUCCUGAAUGUCUACCUAUCCAGGUUCUACCUGGUUCUCCUGCAGGGUCUCCAGGUGCUGGAGGAGGCCUGUUCUCCUGUUCUGGCCGCCAUCUUGCUGAACUCCACUUGUCUGUUUUGCUGUGACCUGAGAGGAGUCAACCUGCUUCUCCCCUCCUUCAUCUCAGCUGUGGAGAACGUCCUGCUCAACAGGGAACUGUUGAGGUUUAAGAGUUCUGUGAGUUUGGUGGAUUUGAGGCAAGCCUCCAUUCUCAUCCUGCUGUCCUUGCUGCCCCUCCCUCUGCAGUUUCCCUCUGUCCAAUCAGCGUUGUCGUUAGACCGGCAGUUCAGUGGUGCAGACGUCACAGCUGGUAGCUUCUCUUCUCUGAUGCCCCGCCUCAUCAGUGUUCUGAUUGGAGCACUGCACACAGAGACUGACGCCUCCAACACACACAUCAUACUUGUGGCCAUGUUGAGCACGAUUCAGGAUUUGGCCGCAGGACAAACCCAGCAGUGUGAUGGAGCCAGCAGACCUGGGCAGACCGGGGGAACCUGUGGAACCGGUGCAAACAGAAGUACCAGUACCAUCCCAUCAGACACAGCAGGGAGCCUUUGGGUUCAGUUUGUUCGCCUGCUGACUCAGCGUCUGACGGCUCAGUGGAGAAAUGACUCAGCGGUUUGUCUUUCUGCACUGGAAGUACUGGGAGGACUGGCCAAGGUGGAGGUGAGUGUCGAGGAGAGCGAAAGGAGGCGAGCACUCACUUCAAUCUGUAGUUACAUCGUGUUUCAGUGCAGUCGUCCUCCUCCACUUCACUCCAGAGAUCUGCACUCCAUCAUCGUCGCUGCUUUCUACUGUCUGAACGUCUGGUUAACUCAACACCCUGCCAUACUCGACCAGCAGGAGUGUUUGUUGGAGGUCCUGGAGAUUGUGGAAUUGGGGAUUUCAGGCAGUAAGUCCACACAGGAACAGGAAGUGACCUGUAAAGAAGAGAAAAAACUGAACCCAGCCUCUCUGAGGGUGAAGGAGGCAGCCGAGGCCACGCUGACCUGUAUCAUGCAGGUUUCAGGGACUUUCCCCUUCCUCGGAGGCCUCCCGGAUGAGGACGCUCUGAUUGGUUGCUACACUAUGAGCGACAGCAGCGUGAAGAAGUUCAGAUAUUUUGUGGUGGACAGCUCAGUGAUCAUGGCCACGCUGGAACAACCACAAGGGCCUGAAGAGGGGUUGUGUCCGUCACUCAGAGUGCUGGUCAGAGGACCGUCAGGACGUCGCACCUGGACUCUACAGCUCCACCGGCAGCCCAGAGAGGGACGGACACACUCACAGCAAACCCUGAUCCCAGAGCACAGCGGUAUAGCUCAGGAAGAUGCUAGGAUGCGAUGUGGUGUCAAACAUCAGCUGUGUCCUGAAGACAUUGACAGAAUUCCUUCAGUCAAAGCAGAUCUGAGUGUUCCAGCUCUGCACAGGACAGUUCCCGAGGAGGUGUGGAUCAAAUUCCUUCUCUCACAGAUGCAGCAGCAGCUGGAGCGUCUGCAAGCAGCAUUUAGGGGGCAGCAACAGAUCGAAGCUCAGCCGCGGGUGAGCAGACGGUCAGCUGUAAUGACAACAUGCAGGCCGCCCCCCCCCGCCACCAACUUCCAAACGGCACGACUCUUCUUGUCCCACCUGGGCCUGCUGACACCUGAGACCCUGAAGGAUCCAGGCACCAGCAGCGUCCCGGCUCAGCUGGUUUCUCUGGACUCGUCUCUUCCAGGUUUCUUGGAGCGUCUGAGAUGUUUGGACCAGCUGCCGUCCAGACACUGUGACUCCACCUUCAUCUUCUACAUGAGGGCAGGACAGAAGACAGCUACAGAGAUUCUGAGGAACAUGGAGUCCAGCUGCAGUGUCCCACCUCACUUCCUGGACUUCCUGUCGUCUCUCGGUCAGCCGGUCGAGGCGGGGCGACGACAGGUGGGUGGAGUCAGUACCAGCAGUUUAGAAUUCUCAGCGGUGCUGGGUGACAGUGGAGGGGGGGUGUUUAACGGAGAGAGGUUUGUCCUGAUGUAUGUCGACGCUCUGACAGAGAUCACCUUCAUCGUCCCAUCAUCAUCCUCACACAUGGUUGAGAGGCUGAAGAGUUCAGAGGAAGCUCUGACUGAGCCACCGUCCAACAGGCACAGUCCCUCUGAGCUCAGGAAAAACAGCGUGCCCCAGAGUUCUCCAGCAAAAGACACAAAGUCUUUUCAUUUUGCGUCGUCAUUGGUCAGCUCUGAAUCUAAACUCCUGAUAGUCUGGGUAGAACACUUUGAGGAUAUUGAGAGUUUCCCUCUGUCUGACCUGCUGUCCCAAGACACGAAGACAGAAACACCAACCAGUGUGUCAAACAUCCAGCUGGUCUUCAUACACCCUCUGAAAUCUGGACUCUACAGGAUUCGUUUGCAUGGAAACACCAACAGCAAGUUCAGUUUCAGUGUCCCAUUGGUCAAUGGGAGUGUGGUCAGCAAGAGGUCACUGGGUUUCCUGGUUAGAGAGAUGGUGAUCAACUGUUGCCAUCGGCGACGGUUGGAGAGUGAUUCCGCCCCUCCACCCCAUGUCAGAAGGAAGCACAUGAUCAGUGACAUCAUCCAUCGCUACCGCAGCCACCGCUCUGAACCUACCUUCUACUCCAGCCUGUUCCAGGACCCCUGACCCCUGUCACCAUGGCAACCUGACAGCUUUAACAUUGUGUAGUUUGAACUCAUCACAUUAACGGUGGCUGCCAGCUAGUUUAAAUGAAAAGUUACAAGUGUCACUGUGUGAUGAUGUCACCUGACUGAUGAUGUAAGCUGCAGGUUUAAUAAACUGUGUGUGUGUGUGUGCACUCCCUGCUCACUGUGUCCUGUAAAAACCUCACAUCUCCCAGCUGAUUGGUCCACUGG